AAAUGGAAAGCAAUAACAAAGUUAUUGAAGAAGAAAACGCCGGGAUAAUCAGUCUAGAGAAGUCUGUUCUGGCCAAAACCAAGAAACAAGAUAUCGCCAGAUGCCAGAGCAUCCUCUAUAAGAUUUUUCCAGAGCAAAGAGAAAUUCAGCCGUUGGAUUCAGACUCUGGAGAAGUUCCAGAAAAUAGAGAACUUUACAUUAAUCCCAACACCAGUAGAUAUAUGAAGCUUGCACAAAAUUUCAAAUACCUCAAAUUCUUUGAUACAGUCUCUGUUAGUUUUGACGAUGUAGAUUCUAAAAAAAGGCAUUUUGUAAAUUUCUUAGAAUCCUCGUUCCCAGAUAAAACUAAUAGGUUCUAUUUUCACUCCUCUAGUAAAAUGAAACUGAAGAGGUCCAAUUACUUAAACUCCCUGCUCAGGAUCAGUUCUAAAGUCCUCCAAGUAGUUUCAUUUUAUCAUUUCUGCAUCGGCCUCCCCUCCCUGAAGAGGCUGGUGGCAGCCUAUAAACAUGUCAGAGUGUUGGGAUUGUGGGCUUGCACGUUAUCAAUUCCAAGUGCCCCUGAUUUUUCAGAAGUUCUUUCAAACUGUCAAAUCCAGAAACUAGAUUUAAGUGGAUCGGGAUGCUCUUAUAGUAGUGACUUGGAGAACAACUUCGACGAGUUCAAGAACUUAGUCCAAGGAUUAGUAAGUUCUCCAGAUUUAAGGUUGAGUCUCGAAGAGGUAGUAAUCUGUGACUGCCUAAUAAACAAGGAUGAAGCUGAAGAAACUUUUGAAGAAAACCAACUUGGAAGAGUUAAAAUAAUUGCUUAG